AUGCUGGAGGAGCAUAGUAGAAGAAGGUCCAUAGCCAGAACGCCGCCAAAGGAAAUAAGAGCGAGAUUAACUCCCGAAACAACUAGUUUCCCUGAGGACAAAAAUGAGUAUGGAAAAAGAGGAAGAGGUGGGAAAGAAAAUCCAGAGCAAAUGCAUAAGGAAAUGACAUACCUUGAGAAGCUAAUAGCCCAGACAUGCCAAGGGAUAGACGAGAUAUACAAACAGACGGUAGAAAUAACAAAUACUAAGACGGAAACAAAAUGUGCCCCGAGGAAACUGAAUGACCUCGCCACCAAAUUGAAGUCUAUUAGGGUAAACAAUUUUAUGAAGGCAAUACAGGAGGACCUAAGUCAAAAAUGCCCCAGAUUGAGUUCUGAGGAUACAAUACGACACACCUCAAGUGGGACACAACCCCACUCCCGCACAAUAGGAACCCAAACAGAGGAAGAAAUAGGAACCCAGGAAGAGACUGAAGCAUACAACGCAAUGGAGAUCAGAGAGCUCAUCGAAGGGACAAAUGCUGGAGAUGCAAUGAAGGUAUUCAAAGUACCAUGGCUGGAGGAGGCCUAUAAAAAUACCAAGAUUAUGGAAGGAAAUCCCCUAGGGGCACCAAAGGAAUUCGACCAAGCCGUCUUCCCUCUGGAAAGCGAAAUCACCCUCCUGAAACGGAUACUGCGGCAGGGCAAGGACAAAUAUCCAGAGUUACUAGAACUUGAAAACGAGGAAACAUACAUAACCAGAACCGUACAAACAAGUAAGGAGAAAACAACGAACUUCAUAUACAUGAUAAGAGUGAAGGGACAGGAAGAAGGAGACAUAAUAAGCUCGGUACAAAGUCUAGCAAAGACCAUGACAGAAAAUGAAAGAACAAAGGUUGCAAUCCCACGAAUCAGCAAUAUCGAGGUAAACAAACUAAGAAAAAUGAUAGAGAUUGCAGAAGGCAGGAAUGAGGAAGAAAGCACCCUGUUCGUAAAGGACGACAAGAAAACAUAUGCGGAACUGCUAAAGGAUAUCCGAGAGGAAAUAAAGAGCGACCCAAACCUGAAGAUAAAAACAAUUAGAGAAACUAAAAAAGGGGAGUUAAUGGUCACGAUGAACAAACAAGACCACAAUUUCGAGACAUUAAAACAAAAGAUAAAGGAGAAAAUGGGUGACGACUGCGUAAGAGCCAAAAGAGCAGACAAAAAUAGAAAAGUCAUACAUAUAAAAGGCAUGGAUGCUCUGACGACGGAAGAAGAAAUAAUGGAGGCUCUAGAUGACCGGGCUGGAGAAGGCAAAGAAAUAGAGAUUACUAGCCUGAGACCUGCAUACGGUAACACAAAAAUUGCAACUAUUAGGACUAGGGAAGCAAUAUCUAAAAUUUUACUGGAGACAGGAAAGAUAUAUAUAGGGGUGUCAAACUGCGAAAUGUAUCUGAGGAAAGAAAUAAGGAGAUGCUACAGAUGCUGGGACCACAACCACAUAGCAAGGGAAUGUCAAGGCCAGGAUAGAAAAGGCAACAAUGCACUAAAGAAGGAAUUUCUAGACUUAAAAGCUGAAAUUCAAAAUAAGGUUUUGAUUUUAAAAGAAAAAAACACUGAAUUGCAAAACGAAAACAAAGCUCUUAAACAAAAAAUUUUGAGUAUUGAAAGAAAACAAAAAAAAUAUAAUUUAUUAGCCUACGGAGUUAAGGGAAAUGAGGAAGAAAAUACUCUACAAAUACAAUGUGAUAUAAAAGAUUUUCGCGAUAUAAAUAGAAUUGGGAAAGCAUCUAAAAAUCAACCUCGACCAGUAGCUAUAGAAGUGGUCAAUAAUAAUCUUAAAUAUAAUAUUUUAAAAAAAUCGGCAGAAAACAAAGAAUUAAAAGCCAAUAAUAGUAUAGAGUAUACACAGGAAGAUUACGAAGAAAGAAAAAAGCUUUACAAAUAUUUAAAAUCUGCAAGGGAGAACAAACUUAAUGCAAAAAUAAAAAGAAAUAGGCUGGUUCUGGAUUCUGGAGAAUAUUCUGCUAACGAUCUUGAAAACAACCCUGAUCUCUUAAAUCUUGAAAAAUCAUCAGAUUUGCAGUCUAACGAUCAGGAGGACGGUGAUAGGAAACGUAAAUCAGAAGAUUCGCCAUCAAAAGAAACUUUAGCGAUUCCAAAAAAAAACCAGAAGCAAGAAAAAAUAAUUCGAGUUGUUUUGAUUUCUAAAAUUACUUAA